CUGGUGGUGCUGGAGGCGCAGCACACAUUGCGAGAGCGUAACGUGACGCACAAGGAGCCGGCGGGACGCGCAUGGCUAUCAAAUGGAUUACUCUGACAUAUACUUGUGAACUCCCCACGCAGCAAGGACAAUACAGUCCGGAGGCACACAAAGGAGCUCGCAGAACUAGUUUGUCACACUGACAGAAAGAUUUUAUAAAACUACCUGGCUUUGAUAAGACACUCAGGAUUCAUAAGACAUUGAUAAGACAUUCAGGAUCCAGCUGAUAUCACACUGAGCGGACGGACUGACAGCACUGAGGAUGUGAAUGUUUUGGGUUAAAUUCUGACCACGUCUUGUCACACAGCUGCAAGUGCAUCAUAGUCAUCGAGACGGGGGCGAAACACACCGAGAGAAAAGGACACGCGUGAGAAAGCUUACCAUGCACUGACAACAAGGAAUGGAAAGCAUCAGUGUGGAAACGGACUGGGAUGGGUUAGCCCUCUCCUCUCUGGUCGCCACAGGAAGGAACAACUUCUCUUCCUCGCCAUUGUUUGUCUCUGAGCUGAACUCCUUCAACAGCUCUCACAGCGGGGGAUCCUUCUUUGGGAUCUUCCCUGAGAAUGGUUCCACCACCACGCCUCACACCGUGCCCCAACCCAGGAUGAGGGACCUGGGUCUGGCCCGGGCGGAGAUCGCGGUGCUCGGGGUGAUUCUGGCUCUCACCACCUUGGGGAACAGCUUUGUGCUGUGGGUGCUGCUGAGGAGGAGGAAACACAAUGCGCCGAUGCAUGUGUUCAUGGUCAACCUGUGUGUGGCUGACCUGGUGGUGGCCCUCUUUCAGGUUCUUCCCCAGCUAAUAUGGGACAUCACAGAGAAGUUCCAGGGGCCCGACUUUCUCUGCCGGUCCAUCAAGUACUUGCAGAUUGUGGGCAUGUUUGCUUCCUCCUAUAUGAUAGUUGCCAUGACGGUAGACCGACACCAGGCCAUCUGCUGCCCAUUGCAAGCCUACCGUGGGGGAUCGAUGUCCCGCUGGAACACCCCCGUCAUGGUGGCCUGGGGCUUGGCGCUGGUCCUCAGCAUACCACAGGUCUUCAUCUUCUCUCGCUCAGAAGUGGCGCAUGAAGAGUUCGAGUGCUGGGGUAAAUUUGCUGAGCCGUGGGGGCUGAAGGCCUACGUCACCUGGAUGACCGUGGCUGUCUUCGUCCUGCCCGCUCUCAUCAUCACCAUCUGUCAGAUAAGAAUCUUCCGAGAGAUUCACAAUAACAUCUACUUAAAGUCAGAGAGGAUGGUGACGGCUGAGUUAAAGAAGAAUGAGAUCUUCUUCCGCUUCCACAGCUUCAAGAAGGAGGACGAGCGGGCCAGGGAGAGGGGGAGACGGGCGUCCGGAGGAGGGGGUAGGGACAGCAGAGGAGGAGGACAGCUUUUAAAGGGUGUGAAUAACAACCCUCACAAUAACAGCCAAGUGGGCGAGUGUUACGACCAUGCACCAUCCGCUAUCCAGUAUAACAGUUCCUGUGGUGAACAUGUGACAACAGCAUUGUCCACACAGCAACAAACACUGAACGGCUCUGAUUGCCAAGACUCCUACACGUCCUACGAGCCGGCCUCCGGCUCACCCCGCUGCUCCCUCGACUACGCCCGCCCUCCCACUCCAUCCAUCCCGCCUCCAAGCAUCACUAAAGCCAUGUCCAAGACAGUGAGGAUGACCCUGGUCAUUGUGCUGGUCUAUACUAUCUGCUGGUCGCCUUUCUUCAUCGUCCAGCUUUGGGCGGCCUGGGACCCCAACCCUCCAGACCAAGCAAGAGUGGCCUUCACUAUCCUGAUGCUGCUGGCCAGUCUGAACUCGUGCACCAACCCGUGGAUCUACACGGCUUUCUCCAGCAGCGUGUCCAGAGAACUGCAGAACCUGCUGCAGUGUCAGUCGCGAGCUGGCCGCCGCGGCUCGCUGCCCGACGACUCCACCACCACGCACACCUCCACCACCAAGGACAGCAUGUACUAACAGAGACUGAUGAGACGGAAACAAACACAGAGACAUGUUCGAGAAGGCAUGCACGGGUGCACACGGGCCCCGUUGCAAGGACGUGCUGCUGCGCAAGACUACGCCACCGCCACCCCCGGCGUCGUAGCAUGAGAGGACAGCGCGUUGACCUCUACCAGAUGUUAUCAACAACAAAGGACAGCUGUACUGUCAACAAGUCCUCCAUAUGUAAUCACUGGAAUGGCGUCAUUUAGGAUGUCAACACCAUUUUAUGAGGGCAUUGGGGAAUAUACGGUGGCUUGUCAGUGACAACAUCUGCAAUGGAAAAUUACCUUGAAAGCAAAGAGAUUUUCAUCUCAGCUGCUUGAGUGGGACCCUGUUUAUCGUUUCAUACGAGAAAAACUCUAUUCUCUGCUCAGACGGAGCAGAGCUGCAGGAAUGCGAGGGGUGGAUCACUGCAUUAAUGGCCUUACGGCACGCCUAAUGUACAAAGCAGCAGCCAAAGCUAUGGGUGUAGUGAAAACAAAGCAGCAGGCUAAGAGAGAGACACACAUGCAGACUGCUGUUGGACUGAGAACAGACAGGGGAUGACAUGGAUGUUAUAGCUGCAGCAGCGGUCAUGAGAAGGCUGCAGUAGAAAUCUAAUAAUGUGAACAAACUUUGUUGAAUAAAAGAAAAUGGAUUAGAGGCGGAUGCUUGAGGCUGAAUUCAUAUUCGCUCAGGAGGAAUCCGGUUCCAAGGAGCAAGAGUGAUUUGUUUGCAAGAUGGACGGAGAUUCACUCAUGAGGACGGUGCAGUAGAGUCGAGACACUGUCCCACGAGGAACUGGAAUACUGUGGAUUAAUGCAGACUGAAACACACACACACACACACAAAUUAAGCCUCAAAGAAUACAAAUGAACAAUCCAGGUUUCCGCAACCAACCGGGACCCAAUUAUGUGAUUGUAUUUCAUACAAACACAGCAUGAGGUACAUGAAAUCCCCUUCCUGUGACACUCUCCUCAAUGUAGGUAACAAGAACAUGAAGAUGCAGGAAGGAAACAAACAUUCCACGCACAGUGAUGAACAAUGUAAAGUAUAUUUAUUGAAAAUGUAAGGCACAUUAGAUAUUAUUACAUCUUGUGUAAAACGUUGAAUGCAAAUCAUGCAAUUGUAUUGGUCGCAUAUGUGUAGCUUACUGUAGUAGAAAACAAGGGCAUGUCAAACCAAAGAUUCUUUAAAGCUUGACUGUAGAAUCAGUUCAAAUCUUAUUACAAAGCUUCAGCAGAUAAGACAUAUUAGGUGUAAAGAGAAAAAACGACUGCACGUCAUUAGAAAGAAAAACUUCACGUCAACAGUGAAAAUACUCCCGCUCAAACCAAGUGCCUGUAAUGUCAGUAGGCAUUUUCAGAGGGGCCUCCCUCACUGGAUUAAUCUCUGAAUGAUGUCAGCCAUGUAAUUCUUAGAUAGAGCUACCACCAGAGCAGGAAUCAUUGGUUAUAUCACACCACAAGCCAUUUGUUCUUUUUAUUUAUUGUUGCAUAAAAGAAUUUAUGAAUUUAUAAAUAUACAUAUAUAUAUAUAUAUAGUAUAUAUUUCAGUUCCUGGUACUGCCUUAUGUUCAUGUACAGUUUUAUAUAAGAGUAAUGUAUUAUGCCCCUCAACUGCAUGACAGACUUAAAAUAGUAAUAUUAUGACUUUUUUUUUAUAAAAGUAUGAUUAUAUAAGCUACUGUACAUAUACAGUAUGUACGUAUAUGUGAUAACUUUCUGUGUGUAUAAAAUAAGAUUAGAAUUUAUUGUAUGUGGUCACUCUAUUUAUUUCCAAUUCCUGUAAAUAGUGUCAGUACCCCUCCGCUCACUCCUCCCUUUCCAAGACGACGGUAACGUGAGCCGCCAUGGUAACGCCGUUCGCCUCGCUCAGAGGCCAUCUUUACCACAAUAACACUACUUUUGGAGCAACAGCAGUCAGACGGCGGCUGGCUUUACCAUGGUUUUGCACUCUGUGGCUCACGUUACUGCAGUUUCACAAGCGUGUUGGAGAACUACGGUGGCCUUCAGGUAACGUAAAAACGUGACAGGCUCUCUCU